GGAGGAGCAGAUUAUGAAGCGCAGCUCGACCAGCGGCAGUCUCCUCUCUGUGUCUCAAUGGCUGCACACGCGUUGCUCCUGUGCUCUUUGGCCCUGCUGUCAGGGCUGCGGCCCGGGCUUGCCUUCAUGGACGAAGAACUGCAGCCUGGAAUCAUCUACGAAGAAGUGCCUGAAAUCCUGGAUAGAAGUGAUGAGAACCCACAAAAGGCCACACGAGUCACAUCAAAUGGCGGGUUCGGCUUACAGAGUGAAGAAGUUAUUUUAGCGCCUGAGGAUGAAAACCCACUCAGGAGAAUACUGCAGCCUUUUAACUGGCAUCAACCAGGCAUGUCUCUCAAUAAGAGAAAGCUGCUUCAGUCUCUCAUGGGACCUUAUGGGCCACUGAGUGUGUCAUACAAUGGGAAAACAUGCAUUUUGUUCAAAGCAAAGCGCCUGGCGAUUCGCUAUAGGAACCACACUUUCAUCGACUUGACUGAGAGGGUGUUUAACCCCAACUCACCUGUGGACACAAAAGGCUCUAUCUGCACCAAGGAGAAAGCCACGCUUUCACUGAGGUUUGGAGAUGUAGAAGACCUGCGAGGCCUUGUCAUAAGGCUUCAGAUGUCCAACACGUUUUACGAGGCAGCGGGACAGAACUGGUUUACUUUAGACAGCGUCCACAUUCACUAUAACUGGACCCAGGAGGCCACUUUCAAUGCCAGUGAAGUCUACGCUCCGGCCACGUCGUCCUACCACUGCCAGCACGUCAGCAGUCUGCACAAAUACGACACUCUGCUUGUGCCCAGCUCCCACACAGACACAUCGGCUAACUGGCACAUCACAUUCACGGAUUUUCAGAUCCAGGCCUUCAACGUUCAGUCAGACAAGUUUGCAUCGGCCAGUGAUUGUGCCACGUUCUUGACCCCCGCCAUCUUGAUGGGUCUGGUCACGUCUCUGAUCCUGCUGCUGGUUUUGGCAUACGCUCUGCACAUGGUGGUUCACCUCAAGCACAUUGACCGCUAUGAGGAGCACAAAGCAACGGUGUACUUUCCCCGCAGUCCAGAGGCAGAGCUACCGGACAAGAACAGUCUGUGAGAGCAGCCUGGGGACGAUAAGGAAAAACCAAAUGAAGAGAGGUGGCCAAGUAAAUGGCAGUGAGUCAAUACAUGAGGGAAAAGUAUCAACCACAAUUUGAUAAAAAGGUAACUUUACCUGAUCACAGAAAAAUAACCACAAUAACCAUAACCAAGGUUGGAUACUUUUCUUUUUUUUUAUUGACCUAAAUCUUGGCAUCCUAAUCAUAAAAGGCCUUUGGAUGCUCAGAACUCCCCUGAGAGAUGGUUUGAGAUCCUCAUGUCAAGGACAAUCCCGGGGUCCCGAAGGGCACACUACGGCCUUUACCCCAGCCAGGAAUAAACAGAACAGGGAUGCAGCUCGCAUCCAAUCUGCUAUAAGCUUCAGACUUAUAAGGUUGUUCCAGCUUUUAUUCCAUUCUACUUUUCUAAUACCUCUGCAAGUAUGUAGGUACACAGCACUUCAAACAGCCACUUUUAGAGCCACAGUAGCUGCAUGACUAAAGAGCUAGUCUUGUAGGCUUGCUCUGUGUUUCAUAAUGUUCAUCUCUGGAAUUCUUGCAUGAGUUGCAGCUUAAAAUACAUUUGGCACAAACAUGGAAUGAGCUUGAAAAGCUUUGAAGCAAAAGAGAAGGGAUCUAUCAGAAAGCGCAGGUCGACCAUCUGGCUGGAGUGAACGGACCAGCACUUCAGCCCUUGAGAGCCUCCUGGCAUUAGCCACCCCUGGUCAGGACUGUUGGACUCAACUGUGAAACGGCAUUUCACAGACCAGCCAAGAAAAGGGGUUUUAGCACAACAUCUGUUAGCUGCAAAUGCACUAACAAUAGACUUUUAAAAACAAUUUAAAGAACUAUGCUGCACAAGAUGCCGAGUGAGGGCGUGGCAUUGAAUAUGAGUUUUUGGACGAAUGGGCUCUGUGAGAGCCACACUGUGGACAAGGGAGGUCCAGGAUCCUCAGUUCACACAACCACGUGAAGCUACAAAGAAGUUGCCAUAAAUUAUGGAAAACGUAAAAUAAUGUGAAAAUGAUUCUAGGUGUUGAAGCUACAUGUACAAAACAAAAAAGUGUACAGAAGUGUCACUCUGCGGAGGUCUUUUUUAUAUUCAAAGUAAUCAUUAAAUAUGAAUAGGUACAGGAUGACUAUGCUAAUCCUCAUAACCAAAAGGAUAUACAAAAGCUGUAGAUACAUUAGAUCUCUAUACGAUCAUAGCCGUUUACUAUCUUCAAUUAUUGCACAACUAAUAAACUUAGGUACCAGUAAGAUUGUGCUAUGAGGAUUGGUCAGAGGAUCAGUACUGAUACUUUUUCUACAACAUGUUACAUGUGUGUCUCUUUGCUUUAAACUGAGCCCUGCAGGUUCAGUGUCAUCUGACUGUAAAUUACAGUACAAACCUUAAAAACAGUGGACAAUCCUGGAAUGCCGUCCACUCUCUGACUUUAGCUCCAUUAGUUCAGGCCACUAGACGCAGUACCAUCAGUUUGUCAUUACUACUGAGAAAACACAGCAUGACAGUAAAUAGAUAUCUUAUGGCAGUUCUGUCAAUCUGUAGCAGUGUGAAAUGUGUUCUAUGGUCAUAAAUGUAUUUUACAAACUAUGAACUGAGUGGAGGCGGUUUGUCCAAGGACCAACUGAUGUUGAGUGAACAAUAAAUGAUGUUCAGACAAAA